AUGGCAGUGCCAUUGGGUUUUCGCCGAACGCGCUUAUCGCUUCUUUUUCUAUGUUGCCUAGCUUUAUACUUUCAGAGUAAGGCGUUGGUUAAAGUUUGGAACAACGAUGUGCCGAACUUGGACACCAUACUUGGAUCAAAUCCUUGGCUAUUCAACGACCAAAGUCAAAAGUCCACUUUAUCCCUCCACGAAGCUGGAGUCAGCCGAGGGAAUACAAGGAACGCUAGACACAAGACUACCAACGUAAUAAAUUCACCAUUCGUCGCAGGCACGACCACAUCUAGUCAAGCGGCGAGCGUAAUCGAAUCACUGUUGCUCACAGAUCAAGGCUUUGGCGCGUGUUUGAUAAUGAAAGACGACAAUCAUUGGCUGAUCGAAUGGAUUGCCUACCACUACCACGUCUUGCCUUUAAAGCAUUUAAUUGUGUUGCGCGAUCCGCGAAGUCUCACACCGUCCCAGCACAUCUUUGACCGUUGGAAUCAAACCUAUUUGGAAAUAGAGGAAUGGCAGGACUCUCGCGUCACUCCGAUUUCUGUGUACGAGCGAGGUACCAAGAAGAAAAAAACGGAUCUUCAGUACCAUUUGACGCGACAGCGCUUCUUUUACUCCAAAUGUUUGAAACAUCUGAAGCAGGAGCAAACGGUGCAAUGGGUAUUGCUGACAGAUACAGACGAGUUUGUGCGUGUGAAUUCUUUGUUGUAUCCACUGUCGGCUUCCGUGUUGCAACAACGGGGCCACGUGAGUGCAUUUUUGGCCCAGCGAAAAGUGCAGGAUCCGUGUUUACAGAUGCCCCGCAUCCAAGUGUCUUCGAUACGAGCUAGUGAGAGUAGUAUCAAUGACCAAGGAAAAAUCGAUGCGUGGAAACGGGCUGAAUCUAUUGAGGGGCUGAAUGCGUCUGAUUUCCUGACGUAUCAAUGGCUCGUUCACAACAACCAGGCAAUGUCAGUGGGGAAGAGCACAAUGUACUUGCCUACGCUGAAAACGAAUGACAUUCCGUCUUUGGCAGAUUCAGUGCAUCGUAUUGUGUCGAGUGUGUGUCCGGAGCACUCUGAGUCGUUGCUGAACAGCACGAGAUCGUAUCUUUCCGUGAUGCACUAUCUCGGAACUUACGAACAGUUUAGCUACCGGACUGAUCCUCGAGACUAUGACGCAAAAGAUGCCGAACGACCUCAAAGAGAGUUUCAGCAUUUGAAAAGCGCCUCAGUUAAGAGUCGUGUUGAUACCUGGUACCAUCGAGGUCGGAAGCCUGCAGCGUCCACAUUGGAUGUGGGCAUGACGCACUGGCUGCCUGGGCUGGUGGAGACAGUGGGCUUGUACGAGGUAAAGAAACUACUGGAAAAUGUGGGCGUUUUGGAGUCGAUUCCAGUAGAAACAUCACAACACAACAAAUCGAAGCGGCAACCAGAAAUUGAUGUGGAGGAAGAAGUAUUUUCUGCGUGUCUGCUGACAAAGGACGACAAUCACUGGCUGAUUGAGUGGCUAGCGUAUCACUACUACGUUUUCAAACUACGAAGGCUCACUGUGGUGCGUGAUCCGACUAGUCGAACUUCGAUUGAGGCUAUUUUGGAUCGCUGGAAGGAUCGCAUGUCUAUCUCUGUGUGGAACGAUGAGCAAUUCGUUCCUAGUUGGAUCCUACAAAAGCACAAAACGAGAGGAAUCAGUGAUACGUUGCUCCACCGUUACCGGCAGCAGUUCUUUUACAGUUCAUGCAUGAAAGACUUUAAGCAACGGGAUCGGAGCUGGCUAGCUCUGGUAGAUACUGACGAGAUCCUGCGGCCAAAUCCGUACGUCCUGACAGCCCCGAUAGAUUUGAAAGUGGAGGGUAUUGGCUUGACACUGCUUGAAGAGCAACAAAAGAAGCGAGCUAUGAGGGCUGAAGACGGACCUCUGAAGUGCAUACAUGUGCCACGACUGCAGAUAGUGUCGACGGAAGCGAAUGCUUCCACUGUCAGCUCGGAUAUUCCACUGGGAUUGAACGGGUCGGACUUUCUCACCACGCGGUGGUUGUACCACAACAACCGCGAAAUAUCGAUGGGCAAUAACUUGGACGGCAAGAGCGUUUUCAAUCUUCAGUGGUUGGAUGAAUCUGCAAUUCCCAAAAGAGCGGCGAAUGCUCAUUAUAUCAUUCCGGGUGUGUGUCCGGAGACGUCAGGUGACCGGCUCGACCACCCUGAUAGUUGGCUGUUGAUUCACCACUACUUGGGUUCUUUAGAGCAGUUUGUAUCUCGAGACGACCCCCGGAACAGCAUAGAGGGACGUCCGAAGCGAGAUGCAAGUCUGUGGCGGCAAACGGGUCAGAGUCCUGCAGCAGACACGUUUGACGAUUCGUUACGGUCCUGGCUGACUGGGUUUGUAGAAUCGGUAGGCUACGUCGAUGCUAAGCGGCUGUUGGCGGGAGUGGGACAAGUGGAGGAGUUGAGUCCAAUGACAGCGUAGCAUUCCGGACAGUGCAUGGCAUACUCCAGGUCUUUUUGACAGCUUUGAGAACUGUCUUGCUGAUUCGCCUGAACCUUGGUUUCAUCAUCAUUUUGGUGUCGAUAGUCGUAGGUGGCAAAGUUUGUUAUCAGGAGAUUUUUUCGCAGGAGUCACAUACUACUGGCCUCACUCUCAAGCGGUAUGUGUCGUAGAUACUGAGAGUAUUUCUCCGCCAGUCAAGGCUUUUGUCGCCAAUAGGUCCUGUGUUGAUGGCAGAAAACUUUCAUGGCGGCUCGACCGUGGUCACUCCGUGUCUUUGUGAUAGGCGUUUCGGCUGCAUGAUAUGGUACAAAAAGGUCUUCCUCACAUCACUGUCAUUGGCAAUCACUGUCAUCUUUCAUUCAAAGUAGAUCGAACAGUAUAUUUCCAUUAC